AUGAGGAAACCAACCGAUGUCGUCUUGGAGACGGAAAUCGGUGCCAAGAAACUCGCCGAUGCAGAGGUUCUCGGGGAGAAACCACUCACAGGGUCUCGCGAUGACAACCACGGCGGUGGACCAGCACCGGAAAGGAUCAACGGAAGAUUGGCGAUGAUAGGGUUUGUGGCGACAAUGGCGGUGGAGCUGAGCAGUGGUCAAGAUGUGUUCACACAGAUCUCCAACGGUGGCGUGGCGGUGUUUGUGGUGACGAGCGUGGUGUUGUCAGUGGCGUCGUUGGUGCCGUUGUUGAAAGGGGUUAGCGUGCAGUCGAAGUCGAAGGGGAUAAUGACGUCGGAUGCGGAGCUGUGGAACGGGCGGUUUGCGAUGUUGGGUCUGGUGGGUUUGGCUUUUACGGAACUUGUUAAAGGCACUCCCCUUGUGUAA